AUGUUAGCACAGACCAACAAGCAGCAUGCACUACGGUGGUUCCUGUACGCUUGGCUGUUAGUUCCAUUUGGAGUUGAGGAAGGAGACUCAUUUCUUCCAGCCAAUGAUGAUGGCAGUUCCGGGAGGGUUCAGAUAUCCUUCAACUUUCCUUUCUUCGAUCACAAUCACGACUCUCUCUUUGUGAACACAAAUGGUGUGAUAUCAUUCCUCGUCCAAGUAUCCCAGUAUACCCCGUCACCAUUUCCACUGGAUGGUGACCGACGACUGGUGGCGGUAUUCUGGGGUGACGUGGAUAUCAGCUAUGGAGGUAACGUGUGGUACCGUGAACUCCACCGUACCCCGAGCAAUGAAGAGCUAUUUGGUCAGGCAGAUGGUAUCAUCAGACAGGCUUUUAUCGACCAGUCGAAGUUUUCAUCAUCCUGGAUGUUCAUCGUGACGUGGGAUGAAGUGCCUUUUUAUGGAGCCGGUGAAUGGGCCCUUCAAAUAACAAACACAUUUCAGGCUCUGUUAGUGACCAAUGGGAGACAUUCCUUUGCAAUUUACAACUAUGAAGACAUUCGCUGGACGACCGGCACAGCCAGCGGUGGAAGCAGCUCAAACGGACUGGGCGGCACACCUGCUCAAGUUGGUUUUAAUGCUGGCGAUGGCUUCACAUUCUACGCUGUUCCCGAAUCCCAGACAGCCGCGAUCGUUGACAUCGACCAAGACUCAAACAUCGGCACACACGGGCGCUUUGUUUUUCAGAUCGACAACAGUGACAUCGUCGAUUCCAGAUGCAAUUCUGAUGGGUCACUGACAGUGUUUCCGGUUUCCAGUUCUAUGCUGGGAGGGGACAUUAUCCGUCUUUCAGGGCCUUGUCUCAAUGAAUCCUCCACCAUCGUGUGCCGAUUCGCUGACGUUGAAGUACCGGGGCAGGUGGUUUCUAACACCACAGCCAGAUGCGUCAGCCCGCUGGUAUUUGAAGUCGGUCGUUUGCCACUGAGAAUGUCAACUAAUGGCGGCAAAUCUUUCAAUUUCACCGGAAUAUUCACCUACCUGAGCCCAGAAGACGUUUCUCCAUUUGUCAAGAGACUCGAUGCUGCAGAUUGGUACCAGAAAGACCCACUGAUCGUUGUUUGGGAUACCGACUUAUUCCAAGACUAUGUGGACUAUGUUCGGGUCUCUGUCUAUGGUUACGGGAAGGAUCUGGCCACGGGGGCGGUGAAGCUUCAGUCGGUAUACAGCAGUAGUCAAAUGGUGCCGUACAACGUAGGCGUAUUCAAAUUCAGCCGCCCUGAAGCCCCAGAUGGAGUCCAAUACACAGUGGGUGUUGUCCGUGUAUCUCAGUACGGAACAAAUGGUAAAAAUGAGCUGACCCUACCAGGGAUGUGGAGUGACAUCCACAACCUCCACUGGCUCUAUCCAGUCCCUGACCCUUCAGCAUGGUGUGAUGGUUGGGCGGAGGAGGCUAGAUCGGACUUGGACUUCCUUGAAGUGACUGAGCCGUGCCCCUGCACGCUGAUCCAGGCUCUUGUUGAUACCGGUCGGUUUAGCCAGCAUCCUCUCUGCAGCCUGGAUGCCCCACUCAGUUGUGAACUCUUCAAGCCUGGAGCUGUACACUGCGUCAGAUCCAACUCACCGAGUGAGAAGGGAGGUGGGCAAGAGUGUUGCUAUGGGAACGAUGACAAUAUUUUGAACGUCUUGGGGUCGUCAGGUGGUGGUUUCGCUCACCGUAGACAUCACGGAGGAGUUGUACCAUAUAAGGAUGCUGGUCGUGUUCCCUACCUCUCUCACUGGAUAUCUGACAUUCUGCCAUUUGAGCAUUGCUGCGUUUUCUCUGAGGAAUCAUGUCAGCUGUAUAAAUUGGUGCGACCUUCCCAGACCUGUGAAGACUACACAGCGCCUGCACCAGCAAUUACUACCGGUGAUCCCCAUCUGAUUACCCUGGAUGGCGUAGAGUACACAUUCAACGGAGUCGGUGAAUACACAAUGCUGGAAGCAUGCAAUGGUUCGUUCGUUAUGCAGGCAAGGAUGGCUGUCCUCCAGAUAGGAACACCUGCAACUGUUGUUACUGCCCUGGCGGCCGUUGAUACAGAAACAUCAGAUCAGAUUCAGGUUGAGGUUAGCAAUCGGCGCGGUAUGGAUGUUUGGUAUCGUCAGGAAAGAAAUGGAAGUGACUGGACUAUGCUAGAGUUUGACGACUCCCAGAGUCGACGGGUAGAUCUGGAAGGUGUGGCGGUCUUCUACCGGGAGGUAAACAACUCGGGCGUGAUGACCAAGAACAUUCACGUGAAUUGCAAAUGUGGAGUGUCGUUAGUCGUUUCAACUACGUCCGGGUUGCUCAACGUGUUCACUUCGCUGCAGAAGGAACUGAAAGGGCGCACGAGAGGAUUGUAUGGUAACUGGAAUGGAGAGAAAAAUGACGACUUCGAAAGACCAGACGGCACCAUUUUACCAGUUGACGCGACUGUGCAAGAGAUACACAGCGAGUUCGGUCAGAAAUGGCAAAUCGAACCAGAGGAUUCCCUCUUCAGAUAUCCCAGAGGCAAGGGUCCUUCUGAUUACAGCGAUGAGACAUUCACACCGAGCUUCAUGUCACCUGAGGCAGCUCUCACCGGAGCAGCGCGGGAGAUUUGCGGCAAUAAUUCACAAUGCGCUUUCGAUUGGGCUGUGACCGGCAACAGUGACAUCGCCAGGGCGACUGGGGGCGCUGUUGCUCACUACAGAGCUGCUAUUGAAAGUGCAUCCAUAGUGAUCUGUGGCUCUGUUGCCGACCCAACAAACGGGAGGAAAGAAGUGUCUCGUGGCAGCGUGGGCGGAGUAGCAAGCUUCACCUGCGAUGAUGGAUACACCUUGCAAGGGGAAAAUGAACUCGUGUGUCAGGAGAACGGAACAUGGAGCGGGGAAGUUCCCAUUUGUGAAGCAUCAGUGAUCUGUGGCUCUGUUGCCGACGCAACAAACGGGAGGAAAGAAGUGUCUCGUGGCAGCGUGGGCGGAGUAGCCAGCUUCACCUGCGAUGAUGGAUACACCUUGCAAGGGGAAAGUGAACUCGUGUGUCAAGAGAACGGCCAGUGGAGCGAUGAAGUCCCGAUUUGUGAAGCAUCAGGCUUGCAAGCUUGGCAAAUAGUCGUCAUUGUCGUGGUAUGUUGCUUGGUGCUGCUUGCAGUUGCAGUGAUUAUCACCUUGGUUCGCAGAGCAAGGUAA